ACCGUGGUCCGUGGCAGGCUCCGAUGUCUCCGAGUUACGGGAUCCCACAUGGCGCUAAGACUUAAGUACAAUACUUAGCUGGGUACAUACUUCAUACCUAUUUUAGCCACAGAGAGUGUGGCUGAAGCAGCCUUCAAUUUUAAGAAAAAAAAAAACCAAAAAAAAAAGAUCAAAGGAAAGAAAAUGAAAAACUUCAAGAUUGACCUGAAAUAAUUUGAUUAUCGUAUGGCUCAAGUCAAAAAUAUCAAAUGCUUGAACCUCGUUACCUAAUCGCCAGCUUUGGCAACCCAACGCCUUAUCACAGGUCAUUGCACUCUGCUGGCCAUCUUGCCCUCGAGUCCUUACAGGAGGCGUUGGGUGACUCAGAACAACCGCGAUUCUCAGCACAUCGCUAUGGCAGUAAAUCUUGCAUGGCCUCCAUCAGCCGGAAAUAUAUGUUGCUUCAAAGCCCUACACUGAUGAACAAUACUGGGCCAUGGCUGGCUAAGGCAUAUAAGGAUAUACUAGGCACCUACAACCUACAACCUUCGCAGCUGGGUUUUGUAGUUGUUCACGAUGAUCUAGAAGAGGAACUAGCCCACGUUAAAACCAGAGCGUGGAAAACAAGCCACCGGGGACACAAUGGCGUGAAGAGCACAAACAUGAGCUUCAAUUCUCUGAGGUUCACCGGGCACCACUGGUCACGCAUAUCAGUCGGAAUUGGCAGGCCCGAGGAGAGAGAUCCAGAGACAAUAACAAACUACGUCCUGAAGCCUAUGACGCCUUAUCAAAAGAAAUGCAUCUGUGCAGUUGGUCCCAAGGUACUCGAUUGUCUACAUCAACUAGAGGAGAGGUGGAAAGAGAGCUACGAGAAAAGGGCCGCAUCAUCAGCUGAUCCAUGAGUUGCUCCAUGUGCAAUUCCUCCCUCGACCUUUGCUCCCCUACCCCCGCAGGCGAGAAGGUGUCCACUCAGAAUGCCUACGAUUCCCAUCAAUACAAUUCUCAAAUCUUGCAUCAACCAUAUCCUCUGCCACGUCGAUGGAAAUUCAUGUAUCAA